AUGACAGAAGAAAUCUUCAUUGGUAUUCGUGAUUUUCCUCAACCUUAUUUACCGUUAUUAAAUAUCCAUAAUCUUGAUUAUUUAAAUUGUGAUCAUUGGAACACUUAUGUACCUGAAUGGGUUCGUCAAGAAGAAAGAAUUGAUUUUUAUAAUUUAUUUGAACAACUUGAAUGGAAAAGAAAAAUUGAACAAAUAACAUAUACACGUACAAAAUUUGAAGAACAAAUUUUACAAGAAAAACAUAAAAAUAAACCAAAAUCGUACAAAAAACACAAGUCGAAUAUUUAUGAGUCAAAAAAAGAACAUCAAGUAGAAAUAUUAGCUCCAAUUAUUAAUCAAUUAGCUAAUAUGACUCAUGCUAAUUGGAUAAUUGAUUAUGAUAGAAAUGUUCUUGGUAUUGAAUCAUGUGAAGCAACCAUACAUAGUAACUUAUCAAAAUAUCAACAAGAACUAUAUAAUCAUAUAAAAUAUAAAUCGACAUCAACUAUUGUUAAUAGUGAAACAAAUUUUAGAGAAUUAUUUUAUCAAACACUUCAUUGUUGUUCAUCAUCAUUUCUUCUUUAUUAUUGUAACGAGAACGAUCCAUGUAGUUUUACGUUGAGUCAUCGAUUAAUUCGCAAAAAACAAACAAAAUUAGAUAGAAAUGCAAGAAUGCUAGCUGUCCAUCCAUUCGAAACAAAUAAAGCAGAUCAAGCAUUAAAUUCUGGUGUAUGGUAUCGAGCAUUAAUGCAAGUGCUUCUUGUUGAAGUUGAUGGAUUAACAACUGGUUUACAAGAUAUUAAAUUGGAAAAACUAACAAAAAGGUAUUUAAUAUUUGAAGAAUAUGUAUGGAAAGCAUUAGACAAAUUAAAUUAG